AUGUUCGACAAACUUACUGGUAACGGAAAUGGAAACAAAAUGAAUAUGCGGGUACAUAUACUGGAAGGCAUUUUAUCGUCAAUUGAAACAGAUGGAAGUUCAGCCAGGGUAAACUCCUUACGGCAGGUGAUUCGACGAAAUAAAGCUGAUAUGGCGGAUGAUGCGGGAAAAUCGCUGGAUCUAAUGCGAAGGGUUAGCUCAUUUUCUAUCACCAUGAUUUUUUUAAUGUCUGAAUCAGUUUCCUUUGCAAUCGUUGGUGUGUUCCAGAUAUUCCAAAAUGAAAUCACUAAAGAGCUGCAGCAAAUCAUGGAUCGCCAUAUUCGCACCACAUUUUCUCCAGCUAUUGAGAAUUUGAAAAAGAAUGGACAUGUAGUGGAUCAAGAUGUCAUUAACGAUCUUUACACAAGUAUUUUGGAUGCAGCCAAAGCUCCAUUUAUGAGGGAUCGAGCGUCAACGAUGAAUCGAGAUCGAUUGAAUUCGGAAAGAAGCAAGGUAGUGGAUCAAGAUGUUAUUAACGAUCUUUACACAAGUAUUCUGGAUGCAGCUAAAGCUCCAUUCAUGAGGGAUCGAGCGUCAACGAUGAAUCGAGAUCGAUUGAAUUCGGAAAGAAGCAAGGAUGAAGAACCUUCGUUGGAUUUAUCACCUUUCACACUUCAUGAAGUUCUUAAAUGGUCACCGGAACGACAUCUUUUAACUACUCGCUAUAUACCGGCGGCAAAAGUUGCAGCUUUGCUAUCGAUUCCUGUCACAGAUGAAGAACCCUCGCUGGAUUUAUCGCCUUUUACACUUCAUGAAGUUCUUAAAUGGUCACCGGAACGACAUCUUCUAACAACUCGCUAUAUACCAGCGGCAAAAGUUGCAGCUUUGCUAUCGAUUCCUGUCACCGUAUUCUUCAGCAAAUAUCCGAGAAUGUUCCGGGUAUGUUAGAU